UAGAGGGCAUCAACCCUUCUUAUAAAUUUAGAACGUCUUCACCGUCCUGUUCUUCUCAUCAUAGGGUUUUUUCUUUCUUCUGCGAGGUCUAGCAAACCUCGCAGAAUCAAAGAAAACCCCACAUCCUGAAUUCUUCUGUUCAAACAUUAAAUUCUCUAGUCUUUCCAUACAAGCCUUCCUUAUAAUUUAUGAAAAUGGAGGUACAUCCCAGAGUGAACUCAGUGCUGGCCAAGCGGCUUUGGAAUGUGUUAAGGGUCACCUUCUUUAUGAUAAGGAAGGGACUGGUAACAAAAAGAAAGUUGAUCAUGGACAUGAAUCUCAUGAUGAAGAGAGGCAAGCUGUUGAGGAAAUCUUUGAGCAAUCUUUUAUCUCAUCACCACCACUCGAGAAACAUGACACGUGGUAGCUACGGCUUACAGGAGUAUGAAUUUUCAUGCAGUAACAGCCCAAAUCCUGUUUUUUUCCACGUGCCAAAGAGAAAACACCAUUACUUUCCUUGCAUCAAUCAACCUGAAGUCAUUGAAGAAGAGGAGAAUGGCAAGGCUUUGGUAAUGCUGCCAAAGACUCCUGAAUACACAUUCAACAUUCAUCUCGACAACUCUGCAGCUUAUGAUUUCGCUCCGGGCGAGAAGCGUAGCCCUUCACCAUUCUCCGUAAGGGUAUCCGAUUAUUCAUCAGAAGAAGAGAAUUGUGAUGCUGGAAAUGGACAGGUUGAUGAUGAAGCUGAGGAGUUCAUCCGAAGGUUCUAUGAGCAGCUAAGGGUACAAAGUCGAAUGCAGUUGCUGCAAUAUCAGUGAAGUUCUCAUUUACAUGAAUUCUAAUUCAUGGUAACACUGUCCGGUCCGAAUCCCCAUCUCGGACGAUCUUAAGGACAUACUUCCCAGAUGAACACUGCAAAUCCAUUAUCAUUCUUGGUAAAAUUCCAUCUUCAGGAAUUAAUGUUCUUCCUCCCUUUUCUAUAUACAUGGGAAGAUGGGAUUGGUUUUAAUGGUCCAUAUAUAAUGUCUCUUUCAUUAUUAUGCUGCAUAUUUUGUUGUGAGCUUAAAUUUCGAAUUCUUUCUGGUUUUGUACUAAUAAACAUUUUUAAUAUAUGUUAUAAUCUAAUGGUUGGUGUAUGGAAA